CCAGCCAGCUUCAGUUUGUACUGCCCACAGCAAACAGAAUUCAUAGCAACAGUUCUGCUCAUUUCCUUGUGUAGUCUGCAGCAUCUACAGACAUCAUCUUUUGCCAUGAAGUUGUUUAAGUUACAGACUCUAAAAUCCUUGUGGACUCUGAAGCCACCUAAUAGGACUUUCCAUGAGCACCCCAAGCUGCUUGCCUCUGAUGUGUACUCCCAGUACGAGUCUGUCAGGCGGGGUGAACAGGAAAUACCAGAGUACUUUAACUUUGCAAAUGAUGUUUUGGACAAAUGGUCAGAGAUUGAAAAGGCUGGAAUGAGACCAUCAAACCCUGCCCUUUGGUGGAUAAAUGGACAAGGAGAAGAAGUGAAGUGGAGCUUUGAGGAGCUGGGGUUCCUGUCUCGGAAAGUGGCCAACGUGCUGACUCAAGUGUGUGGCCUGCAGAAGGGGCAAAGAAUUAUUGUCAUCCUGCCACGGAUCCCAGAAUGGUGGCUGGUGUAUGUGGCUUGCAUGAGAGCAGGAGUUGUCAUAAUUCCAGGAAUAUCACAAUUAUCAGCCAAAGAUAUCCUGUACCGACUCCAGGCAUCGAAGGCCGCCUGCAUCAUUACUGAUGACAUGGUGGCUCCUGCUGUGGACUCAGUGGCAUCUGAGUGUCACUUUCUGAAAAGGAAGCUAAUUGUGUCCAAAGGCUUUAGGGAGGGAUGGCUCAACUUCACUGACCUGUACAAAAACCAAUCUCCUGACCAUUCCUGUGUCAAAACAAGGAUUCAAGACUCGAUGAGCAUCUUCUUUACCAGUGGAACCACAGGUUCUCCAAAAAUGACUGAACAUUCCCAGGGUAGUCUUGGUUUCAGACCACUUCUAAGUGAAAGAUACUGGUUGGACUCGACUCCCUCAGAUGUGGUAUGGAACACAGCAGACACAGGAUGGAUAUUAACUUCAAUAGCAUCUCUUUUUGAUCCCUGGGUUUUUGGAUCAUGCAUCUUUAUACACAGGCUACUACAGACUGAAGCAGCAGCCAUCCUAAAUACUCUGUGCAGAUUUCCCAUUGGCACUCUGGUUGGUGUUCCAACAUUGUUCCGCGUGCUGGUGCAAAGUGAUCUCUCUAACUACAAAUUCAUGAACCUGAAGUACUGCAUGAGUGGAGGGGAACCACUCAACCCAGAAGUCAUGGAGCAGUGGAAAAGCAAGACUGGGCUGCACAUCCAUGAAGUUUAUGGCCAGACAGAAACGGGAAUAAUCUGCUCUGUUUUUAAAGGAAUGAAGAUUAAACCUGGAUCAAUGGGGAAGGCAGCUCCCCUAUUUGAUGUUCAGAUCAUAGACAAAAAUGCUAAUAUUCUGCCUCCAGGACAACAGGGGGAAAUUGCUGUGAGAGUUAAGCCUAUAAGGCCACUUGGUUUCUUCUCUGAAUAUGUAGAUAACCCUAAGAAAACUGCAGAAAGUGAAUGUGGGGAUUUUUAUGUCACUGGAGACAGAGGGAUUAUGGAUGAAGAAGGAUAUUUUCAGUUUAUUGGAAGAGACGAUGACAUCAUCAUUUCCUCUGGGUACCGCAUUGGGCCCUUUGAAGUAGAAAGUGCCCUGAUAGAGCACCCAGCUGUAGCAGAAGCAGCUGUUGUCAGCAGCCCAGAUCCCCUCAGAGGAGAGGUUGUGAAAGCAUUUGUGGUCCUGUCCCCGACCUUUUCAUCCAAUGACCUGGAGAGCUUAGCCUCUGACUUACAGGAGCAUGUCAAGAAAACUACUGCUGCAUAUAAAUAUCCUAGAAAGGUGGAAUUUGUCCAAGAGCUGCCAAAGACAGUAACUGGGAAGAUCAAGAGGAAUGAAUUAAGAAACAAAGAGUGGGGACGGGUGUAGCCUUGUUUGGAGUUUGACAGAACUUCUUUCAUUCCAUUAACACUACAUAAAUUCCUCUGAUACAGCUGCCAUCCUUCUGAUCUACUUUUGUUAAAUGCAUGAGCAUCAAAAAACAAUAGAUAAGACCAACAUGUGAUGUUUACACCUGCUUGCAAAGCUUCUAUUGUCAGUGCCAUGGUGUCAGUUCCUGAAGCACUGCUGGGAAAGGGAAUUAACCAUACAAAUCCAUUCUAGUCCUGCAUGUCCACAGCUUAACCAGAAUUUGGCUGGUGGCCCAUCUCUUUUAGGUAGCAUCCAAGAUCAGAAGGGUCAGAUGCUCUGUGCUUAAAUGCAGCAUGUUUAGGGUGAAAUCAGCCUUCCCACCAGUUCCUGAGGAUGGAAUGACUCCUCUAUUGAUAACACUGUUAUGACCUUCAUAAACUUUUCUUUUUUAAUACACGUGGUGCCAGCUUUUCCCAUGUUUUAUUCACAAACACUGUGUCAUACAGAAGUAGCCUUGUUACUAGCCUUCUUCUGUUCUCAUCUUCACACACAACAGACAAAACUUCUGUACCACUCAACAAUCAAUAAAAACCAGACAGCUGUGGAGCACCUGGCUUGGAAACUUAUAUUUCCACUGGC